CCCCCGUUGCCCUGGCGCUGGAACCCGCGGCCGCAAGAACAGCCCGCAAGUGUUGAGAGCACCCUCAGCAGAGGGGCCCAGAGCUGGGACACUCGGGCCCAGCCGGCAGGGGUCACCUGUGGACACAUGCUGCCCCCAGGCCUGGAUGUUUGACCCACAGUGGAAGGCAGCUGCCUGCAGGUUGUGCGUGGAUGGACCCAGCCAGGAAGGGACGCCCAGGGCUUUGGCCACACUUCACCAGUGUCCAGGUGCGGGAGUUGAGCUGGCAGGGCCCGCACAAUCCCUGCCCACAGAGCAAGGGCCUGAACAGGCUCCAGGAUAGCCACAAAGAGCAACGGGUAGAAGAGCCCCUCUCCCCUGCCCACCUGCAGGCCCUGGCCCAGGUGGACGACCUCCGGACCGUGCAGGUGCUGGAGAUGUGUGUGGACACCCGUGAGCACAGCCUAGGGAACUUCGGGGUGUACCUGCCCAACCUGAGCCAGCUGAAGUUGACCGGCAGUCGCCUGGGCUCCCUCAGAGACCUGGGCACCUCUCUGGGCCACCUACAGGUGCUUUGGCUGGCUCGCUGUGGCCUCACUGACCUGGAUGGCAUUGGCUCCUUUCCAGGGCUGAAGGAGCUCUACAUCUCCUACAAUGACAUCUCAGACCUGAGCCCACUGUGCCUGCUCGACCAGCUGGAGGUGCUGGAUCUUGAGGGUAACAACCUGGAGGACUUGGGGCAGGUUCGCUACCUGCAGCUGUGCCCACAGUUGGCCACACUCACCCUGGAGGGUAACCUGGUGUGCCUGCAGCCAGCCUCGGACCCAGCCAACAAGGCCCCUGAGUGCUACAACUACAGGGCAGAGGUGAAGAAACUAGUCCCCCAGCUGCGCAUCCUGGAUGAAGUACCCACCACUUACACUGACCUGCCUAUGCCCCGAAAGCUGAGCCAGGACUGGCUCAUGGUGAAAGAGGCCAUCAAGGAAGGCAGCAUGCUGGACAGUAUCCUCCCCCCACUGGGUCAUACUCACGGAACUAUCCAGCAGAAACGUGACCCCGCAGUGACACUGCCUGAGACCCAGCCCUGGGUUUUGUCCCUGGUGGGCCCAGGAGGACUCCUGCCUGAAGGCCUGCUCCCACAGGACCUGGCCUGUGAAGACCACUCCAGCAACCUGACCCAUGGUGCUGCUCAGGUCCUCUGUGGGAACCCCACCAAAGGCCUGCGGGAACGCAGGUACCAGUGCCAGGCCCAGGCGCUGCUGUCCAGACCAGGUGUGGCUGCCACUCCCUCCACUUUAGGGCCUGACUCUACAUACAGCUGUGAUCUGGUGGUGGCUAGGCUUCCAGCCUGGAGGGAGCUUGGCCUGUGGCCACUGGGAUCCCAGCAGAAAGGGGCUACAGCCCCCCAGGAUCCUUGGAGACCUCCUGAACAGCAAGAGGACCAGGCUGGGCCUAAUCCCUCUCCCAGGGAUAGUUCCCUGGGCAUGGCUGCAGAUCCUAGUAGGACACUGUGCUGUCACCUGCUUCCUUCUCCACCAAAGGACCCAAUGUCAGCUGAUUCAGCCAAGAGCUUCCCCUGGGGCUCUGCUGACCUUCGGGUCAGAAGACGGAGACUCAGAGCCCUGGGCAGCCUGGGGCCUGGCCUGGGCAAAGGUUUGGCCCCAGUGACCACCCAGAGGGCCCUAGAGGGGGCCUCAGGUCCCACCCGUGAGCCCAGUGAUGUCCAGAACCAGAGCCAGCCCUGGAUCCAGCAGCCUGACCCCCAGCCCUCUGCUGCCUGUGGUACCUGAGCUAUUUACCCCAGUCCAUCCCUACCCUUGGUGAAAAGCCCACCACCGCUGGACUUGCCUGGACAGUGCCCAAAGGGAACCCUUAGCAUCCUGGGAGCCCUGGGGGCCCCCUGGUGCCACAGACCAAGAGCACCUGGGCUGUGAGGGUGGGAGGUGAGCCUGGGCCUAGAAAGCUUCCUCUUGGUGGAUGGGAGUCAGAGUUGGGACCUUCCCUGGGUCCUGGGCUUCUUGGGAAAGGUCAGCCAGGCAGGCCUGGGCCAGGUGCUUAGAACUGGCCUGGGCUUUCCAGGGGGCCAGGUCCAAGCCGCUCCUCCCACCCAGCUUCCCAUCCCUGGUCCCCAUCCAAGGGCAGGAUGCAGUUGCUCCUCUUGGGACAGGUACCCCAGAAACCAAGUGAAUCAUUUUGACUGGGGUGCAGAAUAUGGUUUACUUUGUAGACCACUCUGGUCAAUAAAUAAUG